AUGGACCACAUUAAGCUAAUCAGAAACAAAAUUGACAUAAAUCAUAUACAUCAACUUAUAAUUGAUCAAAGCUGUGGAGCUUGUUCAGUUUUUGUAGGAACAACACGUGACCAUUUUGAAGGGAAAAAGGUGAUAUCAUUGGAAUAUGAAGCCUAUGAGAGCAUGGCUUUAAAAGAAAUGGGAAAGAUCUGCUCUGAGCUAAGAAUCCGGUGGCCAACUCUAAAGCAUAUUGCGAUAUAUCAUCGACUCGGAAGCGUUCCUGUAGCUGAAGAAAGUGUAGUGAUUGCCGUUUCUGCGCCUCAUCGCCCAGCGGCAUUGGAAUCGGUUAGCUUUGCUGUAGACAAGCUGAAAUCGAGUGUGCCUAUAUGGAAAAAGGAAAUAUAUGAAAAUGAUCAAAUCGGAGAAUGGAAAGCAAAUAUGGAGUGCCCUUGGCCCCAAUUUACUGAAACAUCUUCAAACGCCUUUGAAUAUUCUUUAUGCAAAAUUGAACGCCAGGUAGAAAAUAUUUCUGAAAGUAAACUUGUGCAAAUCAGGGUAAGUGACAUUGAGUUGACCAGACGGAUAAAAUGUUUUUUGAAAAGGAAACGGGAUGAAAUUAAUCUGCACAAUAUAAUAGACUUCAAGCAACAAUUGAGAGAUAGUCCACGCGCAGAAUCGAUGCUACCAAAAGAUUCAUGUGCGCGUACUCAAAGUAUCCUUGUAAAGCAACAACAAUCAAUCAGUCAUAUAAAGGUGCACCGCGCUUUUGAAGAUAGGAGACAAACACGGCCUGACUAUUCCUCUCAAUUAAAUAAGCUAAUGGCUACAAAACAUAAACACUGUGAAUUGGUUAAAAGCAAUGUACUAAAAAAUGCGCGCCUUCAAAAUAUAGAAGAAUAUAUGCGUAUUACUCCGGACGACGAAGACAAUAUUUAUAAUCGCAUUAAAAAUAUAGAAAACAGAAUUUUAAUACUAGAAUCUACUUCUCCAGAAUAUAAAUAUUAUAUAAAACUUGGAAAGGAGUCAAACAAUAUAAACAAAAAAGAAUCGAAAAAAGGAUUGUAUCAGUCUGAUAGGUUAAGUGAAUUUAUUUCGGGUAUUAAAAGACAAUACGAACUGUAACUAGAAAAGAAAAAGUCGUAAUAAUAUCUUCUAAAUACAACAAGAAAGAAGUCUCCAGUUGAGAGCCUUCGUUUGUAGAUGGACAAUCCUAAUGAAACGUAUUUUAAGUACUAGAGGCUUGAGCUUUAGAAUGCACACGUUCUGAUCAUGUUCUGAAAGUUUAAUAAAGAUAAUCUUAUUCAAGAGCAA